CGACCCUCAAAACACCAUUCCUCCAAAGCACAAACUUGCUAUCAACAAGUUAUUACCAACCACUUUUGGCCAAUUGUUCAAAAAUCUUUCUUCUACUAGACAUAUGGCCUCUAAAUUUAUCUUAAGGAGUUUACUUAUAGCUUCCCUAGCAAUUUCUCUUGCUGUGCAAGGCACUCUUGGAGGGAUAGAAUGUGAGAAUCUGAGCAAGGAAACAUGCUCAUUUGCUGUUUCAUCUAGCAGUAAAAGGUGUGUCCUUGAGAAACAUGUGAAAAGAACAGGGGAGGAAGCAUACACAUGCAAAACAUUAGAGAUUGAAGCUGAUAAACUAAAGGAUCACAUCGAAAGCGACCAAUGCAUCAAAGCUUGUGAUUUAGACAGAAAAUCACUUGGAAUUUCAUCAGAUUCUCUUCUCGAGUCUAGCUUUACAAAAAAGUUGUGUUCCCCGCAGUGCUACAAGAGUUGUCCAAAUGUUGUUGAUCUUUACUUCAAUCUUGCAGCUGGUGAAGGUGUGUUUCUUCCUAAGUUAUGUGAGGUUCAAGGUGGAAAUGCUCGCCGUGGAAUGGCUGAAUUGAAAAGCUCUGGUAUUGUGGCACCAGGACCUGUGCAUUCAGUGCAGUUUGUAGCUGAACCUCCACAGCCAUUUAGCUCUGUGCAGUUUGCAGCUGAACCUAUGGUUGCCCCAUCAGACCCACCAUACUAAAUGUGUGUUUGGAUUCACAAUGAAUUUGGUAGGAUCUCGGUCGGUCUGCAAAGGAACACUAGAGUGUCAACAAAAAUCAUGAUGUCACAAUGAUUUCUCUUCUUCAAAUGUAGUGUGAUUUCAAAUGAAAUAAAUUGAUUAAUUAAUACAUAGCAAAAGAAAUUUAGAGUACUAGCUUAUUAGAUAGCUUGUUACUCUUCAUAAA